AUGCAAGGAGGCGCAGAAGACAGGAUGUGUCGAGCGCUAUGGUUUCGGCCAAUCAGAGUGCGUUGCGUCAAUUUCGCGGGUCGUUUGUCCUGCUGUAGUGUUGGGCAUUUUGGCCAUUUUGCGGGAAAGCCCGCUUAUCUCAUCUGUAGUAUCCAGCUGGAGCAGAGAAGAUCGGGAAGAGAAAAUAACAUUUCGGUUCAGGACAUAUUUGCGAAAAUGCUUUUUCGUUCCAUUGUUGACCGAGGAGUUUUUAGUGGAAGAUGCAAUGAAGGACAGCAAAGGUAUCCUCUCCACCAGCUGUUGGACUGUUACCAAUGUGCCAGACCCGAUGAGCACAUCUCCUAUGGAGAUAUGGGGGUUCCAGUCCCUCCUUUUGGGUGCACGUUUUCUACAGCCCCUGAAAUACAGCACAUGCUUGCUGUUGCCAAUGAAGAAGGGAUCAUCCGGCUCUACAAUACAGAAUCACGAAAGAAUCCCAUUUUUAAAGAAUGGCUGGCUCAUUCCAAUGUUGUGUUUGAUAUUGCCUGGGUCCCUGGAGAGCCUCAAAUUGUAACGGCAUCUGGGGAUAAGACAGCUGUGCUGUGGGAUGUGAAGACCAUUGAGCAUCUUGGCACCUUCAAAGGACACCAAUGCAGUCUCAAGUCUGUGGCUUUUGGAAAACAGGAAAAAGCUGUUUUUUGCACCGGUGGAAGAGACGGGAACAUCAUGGUUUGGGAUACAAGGUGCAGUAAGAAAGACGGGUUUUACAGACAUGUGAAACUGAUCACUGGGGCUCACAAUAAGUUGGACAGGCAGACUCCUUCCAAACUGAAGAAGCAACUUGCAGGCAGAAGAGUUGCGCCUUCUGUGGAUUCCCAGCAAAGUGUGACGGUGGUGCUCUUUCGUGAUGAGAACACCCUCAUUUCUGCAGGAGCUGUUGACGGUGUUGUUAAGAUGUGGGACCUGAGGAAAAACUACACAGUCCACCACCAGGACCCCAUCCCUCUCCAGGCUUACCCGUACCCUGGAACCAGCUCACGAAAGCUGGGCUACUGCAGUCUGGCGUUGGACUCUACAGGCUCGCGCUUGUUUGCAAACUGCACUGAUGAGAAUAUCUACAUGUUCGAUGUGACUGGCUUGAAAAAGGCUCCAGUGGGGGUAUUCAACGGCCACCUCAACUCCUCAUUCUAUAUUAAAUCUAGUGUGAGCCCUGAUGAUCAGUUCCUAGCCAGUGGCUCUAGUGACCACAACGCAUACAUCUGGAAGAUCUCAGACCCCAAGGCUCCUCCCAUGAUGCUCCAGGGUCACUGCCAGGAAGUGACCUCUGUUGCCUGGUGCCCCACUGAUUUCACCAAGAUUGCUUCGUGUUCAGAUGACAACACAGUUCGUAUCUGGCGCCUGAGUCGGGGGACUGAUGGUGAGGACUCGGCUAGCGGAGCUGCAGAUCUGGUGGGCUGGGCCUGUCUAAAGAAAAAGCCCUCUGAGGUCAAAAGUCCAGAACCUGUGACCCCAUUGGAGCGAACUCCUGCCAAGAACCCCAGAAUAGAAGCUUCCGCAGCACUCUCUUCACCCCAGGCUGCGGACUGUGCUCCCAGCACUACAGAUAUGCCACUUCCUUCCAGCACACACCCCUCCUUUCAAACUCUGGGUCACAAGAGCCUUACCCCAGCCAGCCGCACACCCACCACUCCCAGACAGACCUCCGCUGCUGCCUCCUCUAUAAAGAAGUGGUUGACCAAGACCUCCAAUUCUUCUAGCCUUCUGACCCCCCGCUCUUCCAGUCCCAGAACCCCUUGCUCUGCAGCUUUGAGGACUUCAUCCCCCAGGAAAGUGCUGAGCCCCGUGGGCCAGAGCCCCCCACCCCCUGCCUCAAAAAGGAGGGUGAAACGCUGUCUAGAGCCGAGUGGAGGGGAUACUCGGAGAUGCCUUGGAGAUUGUGACUGUGUGAUGGAGCUCGAUCCUUUAGCUAAGAAGAGACAAGGGCUCGGGGGAGUGUACUGUUUGACAGAGGAGGAGAAGAAGGAGCAGCAUCAGCAGGGACCCAGACCAGGCCAUACAGAGCAGGAGGCCCAGCAGCAUCUGGAGGCAGGCCAGCAGAUCCCUUCACUGGGGCACCUGGGCAAGGAGAACGGCUCUCCUGGCCGAGCAGACUGGCUCUCUGCAAUGGGGCAGAGACUGAAGAGAGAGCGGGGGAGUCCCACUAGCUUGAGGAGUCCCGGUGCCAAGAAGCAGGUCAGCAGGACUACAGGGUCUCCGACUCCCACCACUCCAGGAUCAAUGAAAAAAAUAUCCUUGUACUUCCAGAAGAAAACACCAGAAUAAACUUUGACGACUGAGAGCUGCAUGUGGCCAGCGAAAAUUACCUUAACAUGGACAAGAUUGCAGCAACAGCAGUGGAACUACAUAACCCUGAUGUUUUACACGGUAUCUGUUCAAAAGCCAGGAGACUUGACAUAUACCUUUUUAAUAAUGCUGUUGUAAAUAGAAUUGGUACCAAUUCAUACUGGUUUGAGACUUUAAAUGUUUACUCAAUUUACUGGUCCUUGAAGCAUUUGUUGUAGCUGAACAUGAAGAGGACAAUUUCAGAGACCUGCUUUAAAAUAUAGUUGAACCUCCAUUAUGUACUACAAGGGUCUCAAAUAGGAGGGUUUACAUUUUUCUAACAUAAGCUAGUCCAAAAAAAAAAAAAAAGUC